ACUGGAGCGGGAACUUCUUAUUAAGCAACUGCACCGCUCCGCUACUUGACCGGGCGUCGCAUCACGGAAUGAACUCUGUCAUUGGCCGCCGCACGUCACCUCGUCCGUUUCCUGCCCACGCUAAUCAUCGCACUAGGGACCGUCUAGUUGGCGCCAAGUGCGGUACUACGAAAGCUCGGGACCACCGUGAGACGCAACGGCAACUUUACCACCGAGGACCGGAGAGCGCACCGGCAGCGAUGUGACUGACGUCAAGCUGCAGUGACGACACAGCACGGCGCAGCCUGUAAUCAGGAGGUCGGCAGCGAUAAAAGCCCGCCCGCCCUCCCACACCGACUGCGGGCUCAGCUCGGCGCUUGUUUGGUCGCCCGCUGCCAGCAGAAAGUCUGAAGUGCAAAGACUGCGGCGGCGGCACGGCGUGUCAGCAGUUGCGAGCGCCGAUAGCGCCGUAUCAUACCCACCGUGGAACGCUAGGCGUCCGCUGGCCGCGAGCGCUGGAUUAAAAUGCCUUCCGCGGCGCUGACGGAGCGGCGGUCGCGAGCCGUGGCGCGCGGACCACGUGACCCGGCGUCGAACAGCGACGACGACGAGGGGGGCGACCGCGGCAGUGGCCAGCUGCCCGCCAUGGACCCCAAGUGGAAGCUGGACCGGCGCGCCUCGGGGCACCUCUUCUGGCGGCGGGACUCGGCCGCCUUCCCGGACAACGCGUCGCGCGUCAAGUUCCGCUACGACGUGCAGGUGGUGGAGUACGAGGACGCCGCAGCCGCCGACGGCCAGGCGGCUCUCCUGCCGGCCGACGAAGCGGAGGAGGGCGACGUGACGGCCAGCGACUCGGAGGAGAGCUCCUCCUCGUCCUCCGGGGCCGAGGGCCCCACGCUGGACCGCAGCGAGCAGCGGGCGCUGCGGAGGCGGCGGCGCGCCAAAGCCGGCUCCCGGCGCCGCCUCAGCGACACCUCCACCGCCGCCGCCGCCUCCUCCUCCGUGCUCGUCUGCUUCCUCUGCGUCGCCGUCAUCGUCAUCACCAUGUCCUACCAGUGGCUGCUCGUCGAGUGACACCUCUCAUUCCCGGCGGUAAUAGUGGACGUGCCGUGUCACUCUCAGUGACAUUGUGACUCCUCUCUGACGACUCUGAAAGUAAUGUUCCAGUAAACCAGAAUCCAACUCUCUCUUCCUCCCUCUUCGUCUGUCUGUAACGAAUCUCGCCUGCUGUCCCAUGACAAUUGUGCAGUGCUACUGUAGGUGCAAUACACAUUGAAUGGGCGAGUUUAAAUGAAAGUUAGCCGUAAACCUUAAUUAUCCUUCGGAAGAAACGUUUUUGAUUCCCUUUUUCAUUUUAAGACUGUGCACGAGAUACUUACAUUGUGACUUAAACAGGGCGGAUUCUUGUGUCUUUUGGGACGCUGUGCCUUCAUAGUCGGAUAUUCUGUCGGUAGAAUUAAGUUUUAAAGUCUUCUUUUAAGUGAUAGUGCGUGACAUAGAGGAAGAAAAAGGCGUUUUACCUGUGAUUAGGAAAUCCUCUUCUAAAUGUACAGUGUGAAAUGGUAUUCGAAGACAGCCGCGAGGUUGUGUGUGUGUGUGUGUGUGUGUGUGUGUGUGUGUGUGUGUGUGUGUGUGUGUGUAUUGUCCUUAGCGUAAGUAAGAUUAAGCUGUGUGUAAGUCUAGGGAUCGAUGACCUCAGCAGUUUGGUCCCAUAGGAACUUAACCAAAAUUUCCAAAAUUUUCUAUUCGAAAACAGUAAGGAUUUCCAUUUACGCAGUGCGUUUCAGUGAAAGAAAAAUAAAUUGAUACCGAAUUUGCCACUCCAGUUCCGAAACUUGUCUAGAUAACAACUGAAGGAUACUAUUUUGUUUCUUGCUGUUGGGGGCUUCCGACAAUCAAAAAUAAUGCAGACUUAUUACUUAUUUCGAGACCUGAUGCUAAAAACCAGCCCUGUUCACUUCCUGUCUCUCUGACUAUCGCUAUCGAGAAUUUAUAAUGAAUUCCAGUUACAUGAUACAUGAGAAUUUGCGAUUGGCAUUUGUGACCAAGCGUCUUACGACCGUGGCAGAUAUACCAGUACUUGGUUUUACCGUACGACCUUCUAAUUACAAAUUAUGGUGUGCAGGCACAAAAGUAGUUUAAUUCUCUACGCUUCCUAUGCUGCAGCAAAAAGAUGUGGCAGUUUCAGAAACCUAGUUCGACUAUCUAAUAACUUUCUGACGAGUAUGAAAUCAACUAGCUCACUGGUUAUAAAACUUAAUGGUUGACAGGCAUCUAAACAUUUGGCUGUAGCAUACUUUUUUCGUAUGUCGCAAAGGAAUGAAUGUAUUUCAAACAUCAGAAAGCGGUAAACAAGCGAACAUUAAACGAACACUGCGUAUGUCAACCCUGUACCAAACACUCUCGUUUCCAGAAAAUGCUAAUUUCGACCUCAUUCACAAAUAAUUUUCCUAUUUCGAGCACCUAAUUAUUCAGCAUUUGAUUAUUAAUUUAUGCUUCAACUUAAUGUAAAGAUCACUCAGCUGUAAAUGCUUCGUUGUCCUCUUCUUGUAAGAAGUUCCAUAUGCAGUAUUGUAUAAUGUGUGAGGUCAUGUACUUUCAUGUUCCAUCGUUAACAUGUGAAGGAAAGCGGGACGUAUACUACGUAUUUGGGGAGGCGGGGUUCUGUGUUGUAUGUAACUGAUACUACAGUUCUCCUGCAAAUAAUUUCCUGACCCUCCAUUAAGAAUUUCAUGGGAGAACCUCAAAUGUUUUCGACGGUUUGCAGAUCGCUGGUAAAAUGCGCAUGAAUAGGGUAGCAAUGAAACGCCGAAGAGGCACGAAAUGCUGAUGAGUGUUUGUGUUCAACACGAACACCUUUAUCGAAACCUCCAAAACAAUGUUGUCUUUGGUUAGAAUGGAUGCAAAUUCGUAUUGGGUAACUCUCAUCCUAUUCGCGUGCGUAUGUCUGCGAUUUUACUUUGUUUGUGGACGAGCAAGUGAAUAACUGUCAGCAAGCAGUCAAGGACUAGCAAUUUUUGUCUCGUGUACUUCAGUGUGCCACGGGCAUAUAGUUUGUCACGAUAGUCAUUUCGUCAAAUUAUAUGUAGCAGUCAUUCAAGGAAUAGUUUCGAUUUAUAUUAUGCCAUCCAGAGUUGGGUUUCCCUUGGUUCCGCAAACUGAUGAAAUUUCUUUUAUAAAGAUACGGACUAUAUGCAUCCGUCCUUCAUGGUUCGCACGUAGUGACCACGUCUUUCACUGAUGCUAACGCUGAUCUUCCUUCCCUCUGUUUCGUAUUUGCCAGCAAUGGUGCUCAAAUUCCAGUCUGAUGAGCCUCGUUAUGGUCACCCAUGUUUUCAGCAAAUCACCUCAUACGAGAAUGAUGGAUUUCCUCUCCUAUCCAUUCCCAGCAGUGCCAUUGUUCCACGCUGUGUGAGUGAUCUAAACGCCUAGUGUUAAGGUCCAAACAUUUUUCAUUACCUCUAGGUAAAUGGGAUAUUCAUGGUUUGAGAUCUUAUGAUUGAACAUUGCUGCUUCUGCCGUUUCCCUUCCUUUGCUGUCUACCAGGUUUUCAGUUUUAGGUACAUAUUGUUUUUUACAUCGCUUUCAUACCAGCAGUUACUAUGGCUCUUCAAUACAUUUGCGAGACCGUCUUGCUUAAUCAGGCUGCCGCGCAGGUUACAUAAAAGCGACAGCUGCAUUGUUCCGUAACAGCCUGGUGAAGACCGAUUGUUCUCACCGAGCUCUCUCCCACGGCCAUUACCAUAGGUCGGUCUCGGCAGUGUACAGCCAUCAAGAUAAUGGCGGCCAUAUACUGAUAACGCUCGCCACUUAAUCAUUGGCUGUCAAGUGCCCGAUAAAAAAAGUUCCGAGAAGUUUGAAUAUACUUCCUGCACCUUGUCCGAUAGUUUCCGUUUAAUUUGUUAGCAUUUUAGCCGUUAUGGUGUGUAGCUCCAUCUCUUGCUUUUUCAUUAUUUUCUUUUCAACUCCCCCUACGCCCAACAUUUUCGAUAAUCAUGCAUAUUCUAAUAUUUGCUUACCAUUGCGAUUUUUCUCUCUCUGUUACCUCUUCCAGCGCCAGACUAUUCCCGGAUGCCGGGAAUAGUUGACCUGUAUUUUUCACUGACAUUUUUCAUCACCAGUUCUCUUUAGUGCUUGUGCAUGCCAUAUACCUUCUGGCUACUUGGGUUUCGACAUAAUUGCGUAUAACACGUUUCGUAUGGUUCUAGUCACUUUUAUGUAUAGUCUUCUCGCGUAGCACAUUUCAUUUCACUUCAGUUCAAUUCUUUGCUUCAGACUUAAAAUCUUGGGAACAUCUUCCUGAAUUCUCCUUGUAUGUUUGAUAUCAGUUCAACCUGUGACAAUCUGUUUCUGAUAAAUUCCUAUCCUCAGCCAUUCUGCGUAGUUUUGCUUCGAAAAUAGGCUAACUCUACAACUUCUUCUAUAUUGUCCCCUAGAGUUUUGAUGUUAUUCAUAUCUAUUUUCGAUUUUGGUAUUCUCUAUCAUCUUCUUCAUUUUUCACUUAGCCUUAGCCCACCUAAUCGGCACAAGACCGGGUAUCAUUAUCUUCAUCUGGAGUCUGUCGAAUUCCGUCUAAGGAGAAUUGGUUUGGAGAUUACCUUAAAGCGAGCUUUGAUAUUAUCAUUGAGGGAGACUCUUCAUAACCAGAUCAAUACAAGCAUCCCUAAUGAAGUUCUUAAUCUAUUACUUUAUAUAUUACAUCUCAUCCAUGUAUACUUAGGUGUUGGUACUAAACUUUCAUGCUACAUAGAACUUCAGAGAUGGUAUGCUGUUUAUUUCACCGACGCAGUUACCUGUGGAGUAACAUCGAGAUCUACAGAUCUGUCUCGUUAUGUUAGUGACCACAACUGUUUCACUUCCCUAGGUCUUAGUGAUAAAGCUCCCUCAAAUGUGACUUCUUCGCUGGGCAGGCGGUGUCUAAUGAAAUCGACGGCACUGUGGGUAAGUUUGGUUUGAAUAAUACUGGUUGGCAUUCCGACACUUUACAGGCCAUUCCACUGUAGAAAAAUCUUAUCUCGAGCCAAACCGGUAGCCUCUUCACCUAGAAAGCUUUCUGUCUUCAGUAGUAUAUAGUCAGCCACCCAAAAAAUGAGCCACAGACAUGUUCGAAAUUCUUUUGUCGAUUUAGCAGACGUUGCUAAUCCAGUCAUGAAUACUACGAAAACUUUCCAGAUUUUGAUGAGACAACUACACCUGUAAUAUUUUGAUGUGUGAUCGUUUCACAAAGCUUACAGUUCAAUGAAACUCUACAAAAGCAAAUUGAAACGCUCUACGAACAGUGAUAACGCUUCUACUACUACCGUGAUAAUUGCUUUUUUCGUGUUCUAUGUUGUGAAGCAUCCCUGUAAAGUUGAUUUUUAUUUUGUUAAUGGAUCAUCACUUCCCGAUAUAAAAAUGUCAUGUUUAGGUUUUAAAAGAAACCACACUACAUAUAUACCACUAAUAAUUUGUUACUACGUACUAUUUUUCGAAUUUUUUGGCCGACAUCACCAGAUAACAAAUCUUUACUUACAGUUUGACGCUAUGGCAAAAAUAUGGCGCAGUUAUUGUGAUAUCGGGAUGACUAGUUCCGCGUGGCUGUCGUCAUAUUUUUUGGUAGGUAGUAACAAAAUAUUGACAACUAAUCUAAUGUAACCAACUACGGAUUACUGUAAGUUAACGGAUGUGUAUUAAUUUGGUUGCUGUUUAAUUGUCUUUUUGAUAUAGACUUCAACCUUCGCAUUAAUUGUUCUAGAGAAACUGCCAUGUUGCGUAAAACAGCACUCACUACUCGCGUUCAAAUAUCUCGCUUCCUUGUUCAAAAUUAAGAAAUUCGUCUUACUGAAUUUAUCUUUUAUCCUAAAUGUACAAGCUAAACAUGUUGCAUCCCAUUCCUACUAGGUAUCCUCUCACGUCUGCAACGAAAAUACCUGUUUGAUAAUCUACUCAUGUUUGCAAGUACCUAGUACGUCAGUUCACUGCAAUUUCUUUAUCAUUUCGUGUUAUGCUUUUUUUCUGUUGUAAUACAAUCUGAAAUUUUCUGUGAUGGUAAUAACGAGAAGCACCAACAGCAUUUUGAAUGUAGUACAAGCGUUCUACAAGAAGAUACAUGACCCAUUUUAAUAAACGGAGUUCUGUGGACUUAACUCUUAAUAUCGAGCUGGAGUGUCCCGAUACUGAUCAUAUGGAUAAAAAAUAAUAGUCUUAAACGUGACCGUAGAAGUCUUGUCAGGAGAUAGAGCUUCUGUGUGGAAAUUUUAUGCACUGCAAAUGCUGAUCACAUUUCUUUCCAAGCAUUUGAAAGAAAAAAAAGCGCAUCGAAAAUGAUUGAUCGACUAUGUCCGCAGCAACGAAAAUAUAUAUUACGCAACCAUGAGUCAUGAUUGCUAAUAACAUAAUCAUUUCCGUACUAUUGAUAAUCUGUAACAUUUUAGCACUACGUAAAUUGCGCUUUCUUUCCUAUACUGAAUUCUAAAUGGCGUACAGCAUUUUGUUCAUACUGGCUUGGAGACAGAUGUAAAGUAACUCGACGGUAGCUAGACUGAGAUGACUGCAGUGCAUAGUAGCCUCCGAAUACACUAGAAAUAAACGCAGCAAAUAGCCUGCGUUGAUAAACCGAAAAUUAAAGUGUGCUUAACAGCACGUUAUGUAAAUGCCUUAGUAUUUCCUGCAAUUGUGUGUUGCUGGUACUGUGUCGUAUCCUAAAGCUUGAAUAUUGGUGUCGUUUUGGGUAAGUAAUAAAACUAUGCCGAUUUGUCGCGUAAAGCCCUCGCUGGUGAUAAGACUUAAGUUACCGAUCAAUUAACUGUGAAGACAAUGGACGCAGUGUCUUGGAAAUGUACAAGUUCGCAGGUGUCACAGGAUUCCUCGAUGAACUGACUGUUCAUAAUAAUGUAUCGUCGUAGAUUCUAUCGCUGAUAGCUGGUUUCCAAGUACAGUGAGCGUUGUUUUGUCAGAGUUACAAAACAAUAGUUCCUAUGAUACAGGGUUGACAAACAGCAGCUGUUAAACGGUAACGUAAUAGCAGCUACAGCACGAAAUGUUUUCGUCUUGAUGUCUUCUCCGCCUACUUUGUUAAGUCAUGUACGUAGUCUUGGAAUAUUAAGCAAGUCUCCUACGCUUAUGACUCUUUGUUGAAAUAGGUUGUAUUCUGAAAUAACUUCUUUCACGUUUAUUUUUCUUCAUUAGCGUCCGUGAGGUAUAAACAUUUAAUCACUCUCACAAUAAGCGUCACUGAUCAGGGUGACUUGUAAAAUCAUGCUAGUAAGGCGCAAUUCCUUUAAGACAUGAUGUAAUUAAAAUACAAUCUCUCAUGUCUGUGCGUCGUCCUUUUUCAUUUCAUCCUUUUAGUUGAAUUGUGUAAAUAUCAUUCGUUUGGAUGAAAGUUGUAAUUAAUCGUAUUUAACCGUAAUAUUACGGCCUGUAUUGUUUAAUGUGAAGUCUAAUAAAGAUAAUUUGUAAUAUA